CGCGUGCAUCGACCGCAAGGUGUGGCAGCUGUCAGCAAUCUACACGACUCCUUCCGAGAGAAAAAAAAAACGCGAACAAACGGUGAGCUCCCGUACGGUUUUGCUCCUCUUCUUUGUGGUCGGCGGCCGGAGCAGCCGGAGCCGCGCGCGCCUCAGCAAACCCUCUUCCUCCCCUCCGGCCAGGCCCGGCCGCAGGGCCAUGGACCCCGCCUCUGGCGCCGGCGCCGGCGCCCUCCGUUGCGUCCGCAUCGCAGUCGUCGGCGACGUUUUACCUUUCCCCUCUCUCUUAAAAUCUAUGCACUGUCUUGUUUAGGGGCAGGAGCGCUAGCCAUGGGUACGGGUGUAGCUAUGCAUUCCAUGUUUGAUUCCUAGGAGCAGAGGGUUAGAAGUAAGGCGGAGGGAGAGGGGAUUUGGGAACUGGGGUUUGCGCACAUCACAUUGGCUCGAUGACUUGAUUGUUUCUGUUCUGCUCCGAUUGGAUGGUGCGCUGGUAGGACUCGGGAAUGGGUGCGUGUCUUCGGUGGCGUUUUAUUUGUAGAAUUGUAGUUGAAAUUGUUAGAAAGCGGGAGAUGGUGCCUUUUGGACAUAUGGAAUAGACAAUCACUUGAGUUGCAUUUCCCCUAAACUUAGCAUAGCCAAACACUUGGAUGGUAUAUUUCGAUCCCAAGCCCUGCUGAUCACAAGCCAUGGAAAGAUGCUAGUCUCCUUGGAUUCCUUUACUUUUAUGGAUGCAUUGUUUGUGAACCAAAUUAUUGUUGCACUUUAACGUAAGAACUAAAAGAGGAAUGAAUGACUUGCUUUUGUGGCUUGGUCGAACCAUCUAACUGUGUUGUAUCUUCUAUUCCUUUAGGCUUAAAAUUCACUUGAUAAGAACUGUGUCGUACUAAUCGUCUUUUAUGCAUUGAACCUUGCAGCACAAUGAUUGGGCCCUUGAGGAAGAUUCAAAAGCACUCCAAUUUAUUCAGAAGAUCUAACUUGCUCUCUAUGUGAAAUGCAGCCGGAUUUGAUACUUUUUACUGGUGACUAUGGUAAUGAGAAUGUUCAACUUGUCAAAAGCAUUUCAGACCUUCAGCUUCCAAAGGCAGCAAUUUUUGGCAAUCAUGAUUGCUGGCACACACAUCAAUUCUCUGAGAAGAAGGCAGCCCGUGUUCGGCUUCAGCUUGACAGCCUUGGUGAGCAGCAUGUUGGGUACAGAUGUUUGGCUCUUCCAACAAUAAAGCUGAGUGUUGUUGGUGGACGACCAUUUUCAUGCGGGGGUGAUAGGCUAUUUAGACCAAAGCUUCUGUCAAAAUGGUUGGUAAGAAAUAUACUAACAGAUAGAUAUAUAUGUUUCGUAACUUCUCUGUUUGGUACUUUGGUGUUUCUUUGUCAUUUCCUUGGAUUUGAUUUGAGAGAUUCCUUAAUAUUGGAAGGAAUGAACUAUUGGAAUUACUUCUCGCCAAUUGCAUGCUGUGCAUGCUCCUACUCCCAUUUGCAUGUGCGCACCUCUCGGCUACAUGAUCCCUACAUAUGUAGAUCUCUUGCAUACACUCGUUGAUAGAGUCAGUUGAAUAAUAAGUAGUAGUCCAACUCCGGAGAAAAUCAAUGGCGGUUGACAGACAAGAACACGAAACCUCACCUCUAGUUACCUCACCUCCGCUUGAGACAGUUGCUUCAUAUGGCAUUGCUUGAAUAAACUU